CGGGAGGGGCGGGGGCCUGAUGGCGGCCGGGUCCGGGGGCAGGAAGCCCGGCGCCCCGCGGGACGCGGAGUCCGAGGUCUGGUCCCGCCGCGUCAGGGACCUGGUGGGCUCCGGGCCCGGCAACCGCCUCUGCUUCGAGUGCGGCCAGCGCGGCGUCACCUACGUGGACAUCACGCUGGGCAGCUUCGUGUGCACGGGCUGCUCGGGGGCGCUCCGCGGCCUGAAUCCCCCGCACCGCGUCAAAUCCAUUUCCAUGACCACCUUCACCGAGGCCGACGUGCUGUUCCUGCAGGCCCGCGGCAACGAGGCCUGCCAGAAGGUUUGGCUGGGAUCCUUCGAUCCCCGCACGUCGCUGCUCCCAGACUCCAGGGACCCGCAGAAAGUGAAGGAGUUCUUGCAGGAGAAAUAUGAGAAGAAGAGAUGGUACGUCUCGCCGGAUCAAGCCAAGGGUGCUGCCUCCCUGGCCAGCCAGAGCUCCACCCCAGAGGUGAAGCCCCAGCAGACCCUUUUAGGGGACUCAGGAGGACUCCUCACAGCUGCCGGAUCCAGCCGGACCUCGGGCCAGCCCCGCCUGCCACACCAGCGCACCCCCCAGCCGGCCAAGAAAGCCAGCACAGACCUCCUGGCGGAUAUUGGUGGGGACCCUUUCGCCGCCCCCCAGCCGGUCCCUGCCUUCGCCAUGUUCCCUGCCUUCCCAAGCCAGGCCCCAGCCCACGCUGCCUUUGCCAAUUUUGAUGCCUUUGGGUGCAGCCCGGUAGCGUCGGCCUUCGGGGGGGCGUCAGUGCCAUUCCACACCCAGUCGACAGCCGCAGCCAGUCGGACGGUCCCGGGCGGUUACAGCUUUGCAGGGGGUGCCCAGGUGAGCGGCUUUGGCGCCUCCCCCUCCAGCCACCCUGGCAGCGGGAUCCCGGACAUGGGCGGAGCACCCGGCAGCCUCUUUGGGAGCCUGAGCCAGCCGGCGGCCCUGCCCCCGCCCGGCCCUGCGCCCUCCUACGGGGCCUACACCAACCCCUUCGCCCCGCCCGCCGCCCCGCCUGCCCGGCCCAGCACCAACCCCUUCCAGCCCAACGGCACCGCACCAGGUUCCAGUUUUGAUGGGUUUGCUGCAGCCCAAGUGGGGCAGCCGGUCGGGAUCUCCACCAAUCCCUUCAUGACAGCAGCUCCAUCCCCGCCCUUCGUCAUCAAGCAUCCAGCCACCAACCCCUUCUUAUAGCGAGGUGCCCGGACGGCUGCUGUGGGCAGGAAGUGCCCAUCCCAUCCAGCAGGGGGCAGGCCGCUGCAGCCACCCCUCCCCCCCCCGCACCGGCUUCCGGCUGCGCAGCCCCAACGCCGUGAGGAUGGGCUGGACCAAGUGCUUUAAC